CGGCUAGCACAAUGAAAGUGUGAAACCGAAACCGAACACGCAUGGCAGGAAGUAAGGAACAAACUAGGGCCUUCUUAGCGUAGCGACGCUGCUUUCUCUACAAGUUCUUCUUUCGAUUUCUUACUUCAAUCGAUUUAAUUCCUCUUUGCUGUGAUUAAUCUGUUGGGGAACCUUCUCUAACCAAUUUAACAUCGUCUCAGAAAUGAAAUUUGUAAGUGUUAACCGGACUCCGGUUUUCUUUAUUCCUAGCAGUCCGUAUCCAUGCAACGCAGUUGACUGGGCUUCAAUUCCAUUUCAUUCCUCAAUUCAUACUCAAACAGCGUUUGUUCAAGGUGGUGGUGCUGCUGUUGAACUCUUUUGUUAUCUACGCUGGUAUCAACAAUGCCUCAAGAUGCUGUUUAUGAACGACCUCUGUUUGGGGGCAAACUCUCAAGCUUGUUCCCUCACAGAUUCCAGGAUGUCAGUGACAUUCGACAAGUCCCUGAUCAUCAGGAGGUUUUUGCAGACGCUACUCGUGAUGAGAGCUUGAUCUUUGAGAUUUUAGAAUAUAAGCACGAUGUUGCUGAUAAUGGAAGUGCUGUCUGGUUUCUUCAAGACCUUGCUAAUGAGCAGGAUGCUGAAGGAAGUGUGGUUAUUGAACAGUCUGGAGUCCUUGAAGCGCCAGGUUUGAUGUACAAUAACACACCUGCUAUUGUAACAUCUGCAAUAGGGCAAAUGGCAAUUUCUAAGGGACGACAAGGAAGGGAAGCACAAAAUAUCAUUAAAGUUUAUUUGGCAAAUUUGCGUCUUAAAGGAGUUGAUACUGAUGUACUUGUCACUGCAUAUGAGCCAAUUCUUAUAAACCCAUUUAGCGAAAGCGCAGGCACAGUUGGUGCCGGCAUGGCUGUUCCAGCUGAACAAGCUGGAUGUAUUCCCAUGGAGGAGGUAUUCAGACUAGCUGUAACAAGCUUUAAGGUUUACGACUGGGGUCUUUUUGGCGCAGCAAGUUGAGACUCAUCAAUUAUCUGUAGUGGGACUUCAGCCUUCAGUUAGAAAAUAAUAGUUGGUAUUCACCGUCUGGAUCAUUGUGUAUUCUUUAUAGGGUAUGCUUCUAUUAUGGCAGAACUACUUUAGUUGUGUUUCGUUUGGGAUAUAGUUAUAUUCUCUCUUCAUAUCUUGUUAUCAUGAACUUGAAGGGAUGGAUUGUCGGGUAAAUAGUACCUAACUAGUACCUGAAGAAAAUAAUAUUUUGGUUAGAAACGUUAAUAAGUGACUAUUAGUUUUUGGAUGUGAUAGAUUCUGAUGUCCUCCAUUUUUGUUUAUUCUGAUGGUUCAUAAUUCACUCUUUUUCAAGUCCAAUUGAA